UCAAUUCUAAUUUGAAUUCAUUUCUAUUAUAGAAUAAGAGUAACUUUUUUUAUAUAAAAUGUAUUAUAAUUAACUUUAUUAAUGGAAUCGCUCUAGCUGUCUAAAUUUUGUAACUUAUGUUGGAUGUCAAAGUCCUUUCGUUCAUGAAGGUGACGUCUGUCAUACUUUAUGGUGAUCGGUGUUUACCAAUUACUAAAUACCAAAUAGCAGUGUUGCAGUAUUUUCUGUUUAUUAUUUAGAAUUAGAUUUUGUAUAGAUCUCAGGCAAAUAUUGUUUCGUACGAUCAUGGCUUUUGUAUAUCAAGGAGAUGCUGAUUUAGAAGCUAAAUCCAAAAAAGCUGCUGAACGGAUUUCUGAGAAUAUGCACAUUGUCGCUAAUGAACCUUCGUUAGCUUUGUAUCGAUUACAGGAACAUGUUAGAAAAGCUUUGCCACCGAUGGUGGAACGACGGGUAGACGUAACAAAGCUACAGCAUGACCUACAAGGGCGGUGCUAUGAUGUCGAGUAUGCUCUGAGUGCCGUGAAAUCAAUGGAUGCAGCUGCUACAAGCUUUCAAAACAUCCAAGAAAUGUUAAAACAAGCAAUAUUUUUAAAACAACAGCUAAAAUAUGAGGAGGCUAGAAGAAAUAAAAAAGAUACAAAUUCUGUGUACAAACGUCUCUCUGCUCACAUUGUUCUAGAUUUGCCAGAUCUUUCUGAUUUCUCUAUGGUCCGUGAAACCACUACUAGAAUUGAAAAUAUUAUGGCUCAUGCUAGAGGAUCUAAUAAUGAGUUGCAUAGAUCCCAUACAACUUUGCAUUAAGUUUUUAUAUAGAUUUUCCAAUUCAAUUCCAUAGAUUGCCAUAUAUGUAUUAAUCAAAGAUUAGAUAUUUAAGUUCAGUGUUAUUUUCUACUGAGUCUACUUAAGUUUCACACAUUCCAAAUGGAACAGAAAAAAAAUUUUUUUUUGAAGAUGGCCUAAUAUUACAAAGUGUUAAAUGUUAGCUUAAAAAAGUGUCUCUGUGAAUAUUUUAAGAUUGCAGGUGUGACCUUCACUGUGUGGCAUUGCAGCGACUGCUUAAUCAUUCAGAUAUGUUUUAUCAAGACUAAUUUUUACAUUAAAUCUAGUCAUUACAAUUAGUCCUGAUAAACAAUAAUAAACGCACUUUGCAUAUUAGCUUUAAUAACAUAAAUUGCUUAUAAUCAUGCUUAUUUCAAUUAAAAAUAAAUCAAACAAUUCACUUUUUUCUUCAUAACCUUCCUCUGCACUGGUAGGCAUAAAUUGCUAUGUUGCUUUAGUACAUGCCCAAAACGAGAAAAUUUCUUGUUUAUAUGUAUCCAUAGUUCUGGUGUAUGGAAUG